AUGCUGGCGGCGUUCCUCGCGGCGCUCGUCUUCUUCCAUUCCUCCGAGUUCCUCCUCGCGCUCUGGUCCACCGGCAAACCCGACCUCCGAUCGUUCCUCUUGUCGCGGGAGUAUCUGCUGGCCAUGGCAGCAGCGCUCACUGAAUACGCCCUCGAGACCGCCCUCUUCCCCGCCUUCAAGCGCCGCCUGUGGCCCGUGGCGUGGGUGGGGGGGGCGCUGCUGCUGGCGGGGGAAGCGGUGCGCAAGGCAGCCAUGGUGACGGCGGGGCGGAGCUUCACUCAUGAUAUUCAGACGGAGAAGAGGCGCGAGCACCGAUUGGUCACUCACGGGCUGUACAGGUGGGUGCGGCAUCCGGGCUACACGGGGUGGUUCAUGUGGAGCAUAGCCACGCAGCUGCUGCUCGUCAACCCCCUCUGCACGCUCGCCUUCGCCCUCGUCUCCUGGCGCUUCUUCGCCGUGCGCAUCCCCUACGAGGAGUUCUACCUGCACCAGUUCUUUGGCCUUGAGUACGCACGAUACGCCGCCUCGGUGCCGUCCGGCAUCCCCUUUGUCUCCGACACUUGCCUCGAGAUUAUUCGGCUGAACGCGCUCGCCGCCGAAACGCCCUUUCGUCGCCCUCUCUCUCGCCCCUCUCUUCCCGUCGCGCUCUCUCUAUCCGCGCUCUUCCCGUCGCCUCCCUUCCCAUCGCGCUCGCUCUCCCCCCUCCCUUCCCAUCGCGCUCUCUCUCUCCGCUCCCUUCCCGUCGCCCUCUCUCCCGUCGCCCUCUCUCUCCCCCCUCCCCUCCCAUCGCGCUCUCUCUCUCCGCUCCCUUCCCGUCGCCCUCUCUCCCGUCGCCCUCUCUCCCAUCGCCCUCGCUCUCUCCUUCGCUCUGUCCCGUCGCCCUCUCUCCCGUCGCCCUCUCUCCCGUCGCCCUCUCUCCCAUCGCCCUCGCUCUCUCUUUUGCUCUGUCCCGUCGCCCUCUCCCCCGUCGCCCUCUCUCCCGUCGCCCUCUAUCUCUCACGUCGCCCUCGCUCUGUCCCGUCGCCCACGCUCUCUCCCGUCGCCCCCGCUCUCUCCCGUCGCCUCGCGAAAUUUUCUGCCGUCUCGUAG